UAAAAUAAAGAUGUGUUUAAAUUGGUUAAAUUAGUUAGAGACAAGUGACGUCAACCUCAACGAUGGGCAGCAGGGGGCGUGAGAGUACCGCGGUACGCCACGAGAGUUUCGCGAUACGUAUCGUGGUUGGUGUAUCGCGAUAUUUCGGUUCGGUUUGUAAUAUCGUUACACCCCUAUCAGAUGACGAUCUUUGCUUCCAGUGGGCGGGACGGUGUGACGUAAAUUGCAAGUUUUUUUGACGUUGUUUAGAACUUCCAGAAUUCAUGUCACAGACGCCUAUUUAUACUGCGGGAUAGGAGACAAUUCUCAUUUCGCCUCCGAUAAGAAGAUGGGAAUGUUGAAAUUUGCGUGUGCAGCUGGAGUGAUGGCUGCGGCCGCCGGCACAGCGUACCUCUACCGGCGGUUCAGGAAAACGCCAGAGCAGGAGGAAGUGAAUAUGGCCACCUCAUUGAGGGACGAAACCCUUAUGGUGGCAAACGACUAUAUGGACUUCUGCAUUGGGAUCAAGAGGACACCUCCCAGCGAGUCAGCUAAAGCCAUGCGAUACAUGGCAAAGGAGGUGGAGAAGGAGUAUGAGUUCAGACUGCGCCGUCUUGUGCGGUUUUUCUUCAUCACCAGUGGCUUUAACACCUGGACUGAACUCAAGAAUGUGAUGCUGGAAAUGGUUGGUCAUGAAAGUAUGAGCUGGAGCCAGAUUGUUACUCUAUUCGCCUUCACGGGAAUACUGGCAGUUCAACUUUCUAACGUAGAUGAAGACGUUGCCUGCAGCAGACGGCUAGCAGAAAUGAUUACUGAUGUUCUUCUUGGAGAAAAAGAAGAAUGGAUUAUCCAGAAUGGAGGCUGGAGGGGGUUCGUGGACUAUGUCCACACAGCCAAACCAGGGUAUCCAGAUUCUCCUGUGAAGAGAGCUCUCCUUGCAGCUGCAAAUGUGACAAUUGCCUUUCUUCUUAUCAGUUAUCUGCUAAAAAGAACCCUACCAGGCUUGGUCCCCUCAGCAAUGGUAAUCUUCAAGAAACUGCCAGGAACAUCAAUUAGCUAGACGGGAAAUGUGCAUUAUCUGUCCUGGAUGUGUGAAUAAAACUUGUAUUAUCCAAAAAAGUCUA